AUGCGUCUCGGAAACUGCUCAUUGGCUUUGCUUGCCCUCGCUUUUGGCACCCCAGCCGCCCUGGCUUGCGAAAGCUGCGAGCACCCCGAGCGGGACGUCGUAUUGACCCGAAAUGUCCGCCGUGCGCAACCUGAUGCUCAAGCAGCCGUGGACGAACCUCGUGGGCCUCUAUCAUGGGGUCAACUGAACUUUCUUCACACCACUGGUAUUCCUAACCUGUACAACGGUCGAGUAACGUCACAAGUUUAUGCUGACAAGAAGCUUGAAGGCCAUAUCCGAGAGCAGAACUAUGGCGCCGAUUGGGGUGAUUUUGUGAGCUUCGUCAAGCACAUGCGUCAGAAAGCCCAUGACCUGGAUGUUGAUUUGUUGGUGGUUGACACUGGGGAUUUGCAUGAUGGCGCUGGACUCAGCGAUGCUACCGGUGUUUCGUCCUAUGCGAACGGUACCGGUGUCAAUGGCCAGCUAUCAAACCCCAUUUUCGAGAAUAUCGAUUACGAUGUAAUGGCCAUUGGAAACCACGAGUUGUAUUUGUCCACCAUCGCAUAUGAGACCUUCAACCAGUUUGCCAAGGUCUACGGCGAUAGAUACUUGACGAGCAAUGUACAGAUCCGCAAUCCCAGCACUGGAGUGCUCGAAUACAUUGGCAAGCAGUACAGAUACUUCACUACCCCGAAAGGCCUUAGAAUCAUGGCUUUCGGCGUCCUUUUCGAUUUCACCGGCAACUCCAAUGUUUCGGUUGUCACCAAGGCCGCCACCAUGGUCACACAGCCCUGGUUUCUCAAUGCCGUCAACUAUAUGGAGCCGAUUGACCUCUUCCUGGUCAUCGGUCACAAUCCCGUCCGGCAGACGCAAAGCAGCAGCACCCUUAAGACCGUUUUUGACGCAAUUAGGGCAAUCAAACCCGACACACCUGUCCAGUUUUUCGGAGGUCACACUCACAUCCGCGACUUUGCAGUAUAUGACGAUAAGUCCACUGGUCUUGAAUCUGGAAGGUAUUGCGAGACUGUAGGCUGGCUGUCUAUGACUGGUGUCCAGUCCAGCAACUACAAGGGCGUGCUGUAUCCCAAGGGCGUGGCUCAUCCUUCUCAAAAGGCGAUCAGUGUGGCAACGAAGACUGCUUCUUCUAGCCUUCCAUUGUCUACUGGCGAUUCUUCUAUCACCUAUUUUCGCCGCUACCUGGACUGGAACACUCUGACAUUCGAAUACCAUGCAGUUGGUAGCCAGGGCAAGGCAUUCAACACAUCCAAGGGACUUAGCGUGUCCCAGAAUAUCACUGCAACCCGCAAGAAGCUGAAUCUAACCUCUCUGUAUGGCUGUGCGCCUCAGACUUGGUGCAUCGACUGUGCACCUUUCAUGUCAAAUGCAUCCAUCUUCUCUUUAACAACCGCAGCUCUCGCAGACACAAUUGUUACUGAGGAAAGAGCAUCGACACCGAGAGUUAUCAUCGCCAAUACUGGGCACAUCCGUUUCGACCUUGCUCAGGGACCGUUCGACUACGACUCAUCAUUCAUCGUCUCCCCGUUCACCGACGGGUUCCAGUACAUCCCUGAUGUCGCCUGGUCCUUCGCCCGCCAGGUGACCGAUGGUUUGGAGUCAGGGAAUUAUCCCUCGAAGAGAAAGCGCUCUCUGACUGCCAGCUCGUUGGGAUUCAGUCAGGUGAACCCAGCCUUGUCGACCGUGGAGAGCUGUAUCGACCCGCCUGUGACGAAUGAUCAUUUCUCGAAGCGUUCUUACGCCGGGGGUCGCAUUGUCCGUCGACAGACCAUCACCCCAGGUUACACCACGAGUGACGAUUUCGGCACCGACGGAGACGACACCGUUCACAGCGAGAUACCGACAUAUAAUUACCCCGACUUUUUCCAGGCUAAUGGCAGUUUCCCUGACGACGGGUCGCUUUCGGACGAAACCAAGGUCGACCUAAUCUUCCUUGACUACGUCGCAGGUUCAGUGGUUUCGGUUUUGCGCUCUCUAGGAGUGAAUUAUACCUCCGACGAUGUUUCCUACUACCUACCAAGUGUGAGUGGACCAAACGUGACUUUCUUUUAG